CUCCGAGAAUAUCCUCCGCACAUCGCGAACGCCGUCCGUCCGAUGCGAUCGUCCAGUGCAGUGUGAUAAAAUUAUUAUCGAUAUAUAUAUUAUAUAUACACAUUUAUCGUCAUCGUUGUCUGUAAAACAAUAUAAUAUAAUACACGUUUGUAAUAUAAUAUAUAAUACAAUAUAGUUCCGGUGACGAUUUUCAUUGUAAAUCUUCUCUCGACGCGUUGAUCGUACGACCGAUUCACCACUAAACGUGAUAUUAUCUCGACAGUAUCGUACGACAAUAAUAUAAUAAUAUUAUUAACAUUAUAAUAAUAUUCUGUUAGCAUCUGUUUGGUUGUACAGAGCACUCGUCGUCUACGUCAAAGAUAUUUCUACCGCACAGACGUCAUGUUGCCGCGGAUUUUGGUGGCCAUUCAGGUAUUGCACGCCGUCGUGUUGGCUGAAAUCCUGAAACCCACCUGGCACCAGUACUAUUACCCGGGACACCAUGCUUACGGUAUACGGUAUUUUGAAAAGCUGGCUUCGAUGCGAGAAAACUUCCAGAAAGGCCAUAUACCAUAUAACAAAUGGGGAUUUUACAACAGAAUAGACACAGCUUCGGCAACGGAGACCAAAAAGACACGGAGACUGCGAAUCGGCAGUGGAUGGUGGAAAUUGGUGCCGCCUACUGGAGCCGAGAUCAACUGCGAAUUUCCUAGUACUGUGCCGGUGAUAUCCAACAUCGUGUGGGAACGAGUGGAUCCGGGAAAAGUGGACAAGGAGAUGGCCAUGCGGCGAAUGGGCGAGGUGCAGACGUACGACAUGCACCUGAGGCCCAAAGGCAGCACGCUGCAUUUCCACGACGUGACGCCCCUGGACAAGGGCCUUUACAGGUGUCUGGCGUCGUCCGUGGACAGGCUGACGGGCGAACCGCAGACGGUGUUUCAGGACACGGAGUUCUAUCCGGAUGUGGUCUGAGCUGAGCGUGUCCGCUGAUCAACCCCCCCCCCCCCACAGAGACAACGGCGUGACCGACGACGGGGCGGCCGCAGAUGUUCGUGAGCGAGGGGCGAGACUGACAGCGGAAUUCUCGUCGUAAUAAUAUUAUAAUACGCAGUUUAAGAUCCCGUCGUAUUAUCGCGUAUACGUUUGUAUUAUUUGUACACUGUUGUUGUUAUUAUUCAUAUUAUUAUUAUUAUUAUGUAUUAUGUAUUAUUAUUAUUAAUAUUAUUUAUAUCGUCAUCGUCGUCAUUUGCCAAACAAUAUUCACCAUCCGAUGUAGUAAUCAAAAAUUACAGGUGAUCCAGACUUUAGAUGCCCACUUGAUGCGUAAUUGUAGAUAAUCUUAGUUCUAAAAAAAAAAAAAUGAUAGGCCAUCGACAUGUAUACGCCGGAAUCGUGUGUAGAGGCACUGUUAGAAACGAAUUAAUAAUAUCAUAUACUGUUUUGUAUAAAUGUGGUAUUUAUAAUUUUAUAUAUAAUAGCGUCUAAUUGUACGUAGGUACGUAGGUAUUUAUGAGCAUACGAUGACAUUAUCUGAGGGUUUUGCUCCCAUAACCCUUCACAUUAUAUCCACACCUUCGAAUACUGUAAUAUCGUUUACUCGUGAAUAUAAUAUUAUUUGUGUGUGUUGGACGUUUAAAUAAUAUAUAAUAUUGUCUAUUUGGUAAUCACGUCGACGCGUUAAUCCGAUUUGUCUUACGGAUCAAACACGAUCGCGUGGUUUGUAAAAAAAAAUGUCAAAGCUAUCCGUCACGCAAACAAUUUUAUUUUUAGAUAAUAAUAAAUUAUGAUGCGCAAAA